AUGAUCCCAUUUUUUUAUUCUCACCAUGAAGCGCUCAAUAUAUUGGCUCGUCCUCCUCCCCCAGUAGAAAACGCAAUUUCUCCAGUCCUAGCUGCUUGCCCAGCAAUACUGGAACCAGUAUAUCCGGCUCUAUUCCUCGCCGCAGGCUGCUCAGCUCAAUCAGUCUCUGGAAAGUUCACGCGACCCCGUACCAUUAUCUUCGAUACGAAUGGAGCGCUCCUGAUUCUUCAACAAAAAGCGAAUAUUGCACAUGUAAGUGGACCGGUGAAGUCGAGCAAUAUACAUCCACGGAACUACACAGCAGCUACUAGCACAGUUAGAAGCACAAACCGACUCCUCGUAACAAACAGUACGGGCACCUCCAUGUCCACAUCCCUCAUCACUCAGAAAUCCCUCAACCCGACAAUUCCAAAAGUGACCAACGACGACCCUACCGCCCGCUCCCUGCUAACUGCUAAACACACAUACAACUAA